AUGACUACGAAAAUAGUGCCAUCUUUGCCAAAGAUUAAGGCCUAUAUUGGUCAUAUCCCUCAGCGUUUAAAAAAUGGUCAUUUCGAGAACCCAAGAGGAAGGUUGGAGAUUCUGAGGCGGAUAGUCACACAACUUGUGCGAGAAGAACGAGUGGAAAUCAAGCGAAACAGGGCAGUUGAAGCUCGGCCUUACACAGAAAGGGUAGGUUCUUGUUAUAUUUUUUGUAUCCUUAGUGCUAUAAUAUCAUUGAUUCUUUUCCAUGAACAAUAUUGUAAGAUAUAAAGUUUUUGAUUUUAGUUGUUACAAUUGUCGAUUACACGAGGUCCAGAUGAUGAAUACACAAACAAAAUGUUGGAUUGGUGGUUAAUGGAGCCGCAUUUGAAAGGGAAAGUGUUUGAUGAGUUGGUACCGAGGUUAAAAGACACGGAUGAGCCUUAUACAUCUUUGUACUCUCUCCCAACGAUGCAUAUAACUGCGUAUAAAGACAAGAAUAUCCAAAAGCCUAAGAAGUUGUCGUCAGUAUCUUUGGAAAUUAAUGGUAAGUUAAGAUGUUAUGGUUUUAAAUAUUCUAGGCCACCCGUUCCCAUCGCUUCAACCGCUCGAAGAUGCACGACUCUUAUUGUUGAGGGAAAAUUUCUUAUAG